UGUCCACGGUUGGUGAGAGAGCAGAGCACCGAGCAGAGCUCGUCCCCUGAAAUAAAAGCUCCCCAAAUCAAUCGCUUCCAGAUCCUCUUCACAUCUCAGUCCAAAUACCCAUUUUGCUCAACUAAAAAAAAUCCCAUUUUCUGCUGGGAGGAGCGACUGUACAGCACAUGGCGGCAGCCACCGGCUACGGCGACGCCCCGACGGAGGAGGAGCUGCUCGCGUACGGCGACCUGCCCAGGCACGGCCGCGACAUGGCGGAGGUUUUUGCCGUGCGCGUCCCUGCGGCUGCCGCCGCCGCCGGUGGAGGUGGAGGAGACAGGUCCCCGCCUUGCGGCACCAUCUUCUUCUACGGCGGCAACUCCUGCAGCGACCUUAUCUACAGCCGGGAGUGGAGCGUGACCGACGAGCCCGCCGCCCCGCAACCCUGCCCCUGCGACAGCGAGGGCAACCUCGUGCUGACCGGCCCGUCAGUGGCUACCUCGGCGUACGGUCCAGUCGGCUUCGACUUCCAACUCCACGACGGCAACCACGGCGAGUCCUCCUUGCAGGCCGACGACAGCGGCGGCGACGACCAGGACGACAGCAACACCAGGAGGGUAUUCUGCGACACCGUCUCCGGCGAGUUCUCCACCUACGACAGGGUCAUAACGGAGACGGUCACCACCGGGUACGGCCCCGCGGACGUAGUCUACGCCGUCCUCAGCAACGCCGUCCAAGGCCGGGUCGCCGUGAAGCUCACCGCUCUCCCGGCCGGAGGCGGAGACGGCGAUGGCGCCGCCCCAACAGGCGUUCACGGGAGGGUCAUCGCCCGCAGCAAGCUCUUGGACGCCGGCUGCGUGCUCUUCUACAGCGAGCGCGACGGCGAGGGCGUUCCUGUGCAACCCGGGGAGCUGGUGCCGCUGGCGAGGCAAGCGCUCGCGGUGCCACUUCACAAGCCGCUGACGAUCGAGUUGAACCUGCGCGGCGACUCCGGCGAGGAGAUUGUCAAAGGCGCCGUCCAGUUCGAUCCGGCGAUCACCGGAGAGCAUGUUGAGCGUGUCGUCGGCACGAGUGGCGCAGAAAUCGAAGUUACAGUCUCAUGGUCAAACUACCCUUGGUAGAUGAUUACAAAUGGUAGAAAUCGAAGUUACAGUCUCAUGGCCCAUUAUCCAUUAGUUAUAUGUGCGAGAGGGGCUAUGUACUCUCAAAUAAUAUAAAAUGAUUACAAAUAAGAAUCUUUUGAUAUGACUGAUGAUGUAAAUUUGAUAUUGUUUC